AUGACACAUAAUAUCGUCCCCGCAGAGCUCGGUACUACCCAAAAUAAAUCUCAGAAGCGCUCGAUUGACCCUUGCGAUGAUUCCAACAAUGAUCGACAACUCAGUCUGGCACGAUUCCGGGAGUGGUCUCUACCUAGAGUUGACUCUCCUUCUGGCCAGUCCCCGAUAGUCACCCGCGAGAGCGAUACUGAUGAAGACGAGCGGGGUGAUUCAGAUACAGAGGUCCUCACUGUGGACAACUGCACCAUAAUCCGGGGGUUUCUUCAAAAGCAGAUCCGGGUGGCGACUUGGGAGGUUUAUGAAGCUCAGAGGAGGAUUCAAACGCUCACAACUUUCAAGAGUUACUUGGUAGAGCAGCUGGAGGUUCUUGAACAGGCCAUAGAGGAACGAAAUGCGCACGUGACGGAAGGGCCCAAGUUUGGUGGGAAAUAA